AUGGAGGGCCCUCAGGUUGUCCCCAUCCCUGUUCCCGAUGAUGGAAAUAGGGCUGUUAACGAAAACCCCAACGAGAAGGCUGCUCCAGCAUCACCGUCUUUAUCUACAAUUGAGACAGUAACUGAAAAACCCACGGUGGAAUUGUUACCUGAAGCCGCCUCUCAAGCUAAGGAGCCACUGCCCGAGCUCCCAUACUCAUUGCGGACUCGGAAGCGCGCGAUCGCAAUUUCGUGGUCCCUUCUUUUGCUGGAUGCCUGUUUCCUCCCUGUAGGGUUAUUCUAUAUCCUCAAAUUUGGCGCCAAGCUCGACGACACACGAAAUCUUGGAAUUACAAACUCCGUAUUCGGCUUCUUCAGUCUUUUCCAAUUCCUUUUCCGCCUCUGGCGCCUCCUCCUAAAAUCACCCCGCUACAGGCCCGUCGGCACAACCUCCCGCUUCGCCCUCGACUUCUACCAGAUUCAGUUCUUUUUCGGCUUCAUCGUCAUUAGCGUCAUCAUAAGCAUCGGCACAGCGGUGGAUCCGCCUCUCCUACGACUCCUCGCCAUGCCGCCCACCGCGCUACUCAUCCAGUGCGGGCCUCAGCUCGUCAUCUCCUGCUAUGCUGUCCGCAAGGGGUGGAGAGCUCCGUUUAGGAUGUCCUCGACCGAGAAGGGAGAGAAGGUAACGGUAGCGCUGCUUACGAUCAUUGAGGAUAUCGUUGCGGUUGAGGGUGGCGGCGGCCUGGAGUAUAGGGCGGCGCUGAAGAAGCGUUAUGAGGUCAGUGAGAAGUUUAGGGAGAUGUUGUGGGUUUUGUCGUUGAUUUGGGGAGUGGCGGCGGUUCUGACGGCGGGGGUUACGUGUGCGGUGGUGUUUACGAUACAGAAAGAUGCAGCGUAUGGGUUUGGUUGGACUUUUCCGUUUUUGUGGGCUGUGGGCAUGGCGGUGUGGACUAUUAAGUUUGUUCAGAAGAGACUAAAAGAGGAAGAGGAGUCGUGGGAAGGUACUACUGCUGCUGCUACUAAUGAGUAA